GGCUGAAGCACAUGAGAGCGCUACGCUGCGGAGCUAUGGAGGGCCUCGAUGGCCUUAAAAGCUCCGGAGCACGCACUCCCGUGACCCUUAGUGCGCCAUGCUAGAGCUCAGAUUCACAAUUCUCGAGCGAUCGAAGGAACUCUGCAUCUGGAUCACUCGAGACUUCGUCAGGGCAGAAUCUCGCGGUUCGAUCGAUCUGUGUGCAGCAGCUGGAGGAUUUGCAGCAGGCAGUGUGACUUGGGACUACUGCAGUUAUGGCUCAUGCGCAGCCGCAGCGAGGACAAGAGGAAGAAGUCGAGGACGAGGACCAGGAGAUGCCUCAAUUGGGGGAGCGGAGGGCCCCAGGGUUGCGAAUCGAUGUUCAUCGAGUCCAGAAUGUGGCGAUGCCCGGAGUGGAGGUGCACGAGGCGAGGGCCCAGUUCGAGCCACAGCGACACGAGGAACGACACGAGGAACGACCACCGCGUCCCCAUCAUCGUGUGCAUGGUGGGCGUGAGAUCCACGAGGCACACCGACCGGUGGUAAUUCGGCCUGUGCCAAUCCGACCAGUGGUAAUUCCGCCUGUGCCAAUCCGACCGGUGGUAUAUCGGCCCGUGCCGAGAAGGCUGACUGGUCGGCCGGCACGGAUGCAGUACGAGAUCGGAGCGCUCUUAUCGAACGUGAUUGCUGACAAUGCCUCGGAAAGACUGGCGAUGGAAGAGCAGGGAGGGCCAGCAGGCUUGGCGAUUGCGGCCCUUCUGGAUGCGUCGGAUCAUGAAAGGGACUCUCGACCUCCUACCAACACCGCAGACAUCAUAUUGCGUGAGUUCGAGAAUGUUUUGUCGGAAUGGGAGAAGCAAUUUGUGAGACAGCACCACAGUCAGGAGGUUCACGAGGAUCAGACGUCUCGUGCACAUAUUAAGAUGGUGAACGCACCUCCGGAAGUAGUGUGGUCCUUUAUCAAAGACUUCUUCAACCCCAUGCCUUAUAAAUUACACAUUGUUGGCUGCCACCGUGUAAAGGGAGAGGGAGGCGUUGGGAGCAUCCGAAGGUGCGUCAUUCGAUCGGGUAUCGCUGCAAAAUACUCCGUGGAGCGAUGUGAGAUUAUGGACGAGGACAAUCGUGUUGCCAGCUUCCGGGUGGUAGGAGGUGAGCACAGAUGCCGAAAUUAUCAAUCCAUCACCUCGCUGCAUGCAAGGCUGGAUCACGGUUUGCGUGCGACCUUAGUCAUCGAGUCUUAUGUCUGUGACGUCCUUCGGGGCUAUAGUACGGAUGAAGUGGAGGUCUACUGCGACGGCUUCGUGAAGGAGCUCUUGUCUCGGCUCAAUGAAGUUGCGAGUGCUAGAUGGCGAGAUGCACGACUGAGCAUAUGGUCAAAGCAGCGCUAGUGUUCACUCAGGACGUUCCCUUGGUCACUCCAGAAAUGUUUGAGCACCAAGACAUCGAGCAAAAAGGUUGCGAAGAUCUCAUCAAGUCCUACAGAGAUGAAGCCAAAGGGGAUGCAUAAAUUUUGUGACUUUCUAGUGCGAUGGGAUGGAUACACAACCUUUACCAAUAUAAAGUUACAUUCAGAAUGUAGAUUACAAUGUGAUCCAACUAGAGUCUUGGUUAGAAUGGUCCAUGCGCUGUCGAGCUCAAUUUCUCUCAAUCAGUCAUGACAGUUCAAAGUUAGAAUAUUUUCACAUCCUUUUCAUAUACUACAUUCAUUCGCUAGAUGUAGAUUUGAGCUUGAAGAAUUCCCAAUAUUGGGUCAUGUUAUAAUAAUGGAGUUUGGAAGGUCUUUUUAUGUAAGAUUGAAAAUACCUGAAUGGCAAACUGGUUACAUUUGUGAAAGUUGGAU